CUUUUUGUUACUUUUGUUGAGUGCAUUUCUUUCUCUCCUCCAUUAAUUAUUUUCUUUUUAUUGUGCGUUAUUGUCGCUUUAUUCGACUAUAUUCAGUUCUAAAAUUACUAUGCAUCGCUAUCAUAAGAUUCAUAAGUAGUACGUGACCAGAAAACACCAUCAAGCUUGUGUUUUCUAAAGAGAUAUAAUCUCCGUACGCAUAAAAAAAUAUGGAUGGUCAGGACCAGAUGGAGAUGAAAUUCAGUGGAGGCAGUGAAGUCGGCGGGUUGGAGCUCUGCAUUGUCUGUGGAGAUAGAGCAUCUGGGAGGCACUAUGGAGCCAUCAGUUGUGAAGGUUGCAAAGGCUUCUUUAAGCGGAGUAUCCGCAAGAAGCUGGGCUACCAAUGUCGGGGCAGCAUGAACUGCGAAGUGACCAAACAUCACCGGAACCGCUGCCAGUACUGCAGGCUGCAAAAAUGCCUCGCCUGUGGUAUGCGAAGUGACUCGGUCCAGCAUGAGCGGAAGCCGAUCGUGGACAAGGUGAAGCCCGAGCGUGGCGAGGGUCUCCAUGACCGGCAGGCGUACUCUAAGCUGCUGGGAUUGGCGGGGCAGCAGGGACAGAUAAAUCCAAAAGAAGAACCGAGCGAAUUCGGCGCGGUGUCUCCCGCCGCGCCUGCGAUCAACUUCGCGCUCGCCGCUGCCGUCGCCUUCAACAAGGGGAACCCAGUGCCGGGUUAUUUGGGCGCCGGCGACAUGGAGGGCGCGCGCCGACAACAACUCCUCCUGCAGACUCAACUCGCUAAAAACCUCUUUAAGAUGGGACAAUUCGGAGCUAUCAACGAAUACCUACAGUCAGCGUAUGCGGCUCCGGAAGCGCCCCUCGCGCCCCAAGCCGAUGCUCCUCAACCAGAAGUGGUGGACCCUUCAGCAGUCCUUUCAACCCCAGAAUCCCUGACGUUACACAUGGCGCUCCCCGGGGGCGCACCGCCGCACUUGAGACUCCACGCCGUGUGCGAGGCCGGCGCGCGCCUCCUGGCCGCCAUCAGUCGCUGGCUGCUGGCCAUACCUGCGGCCAGGGCUUUGCCAUUCGAGAUCCAAGUGACCCUGCUCAAGAAAUGUUGGCCUGAGCUGUUCGUGCUAGGGCUGGCCAAGUUGUCGUCCGCAUUGCAGCUGACUGCAUUGCUGCCGCAGAUGGUGGCGCACCUGCAGGCCGUGCUGCGAGAGCGAGCCGGCAACACUGAGUGCGAGCGAGAGCGCGGCGCCGAGAUUACCACAGCGGACUAUUCAGACGAGCGAGUAUCAGAAGUGAGCAGCAUGCUGACUCGCUUGCAACAAUACAUCGGCAAUAUGGAGCAGCUGCGUGUGAGCGAGAGGGAGCAUGCGUAUCUCCGAGCGUUGUGCCUGUUCUCACCAGACGGCGCCCCAGACUUCCUGAGCAAGAAGCUCCGCGAGCUGCAGGGCUCCGCGCUGCGCUCUCUCCGCUCCCUGUGCCUCGCGGACGAGGAGCGCUGCGCGACGUUACUGCUGCAGCUGCCCGUGCUGCGCGCCUUCACCGGGCCCUUCCUCGAGGACGUGUUCUUUGUGGGAUUCGUUGGGGAUGUCAGCAUUGACGACGUCGUGCCGUACUUGCUCAACGCCGAGCGCUGAGGCAAUUCUAACGGCAGUAACUUGGCUAAGGUAAUUGUGUAUUAGCCUAAACUUGUAAAAGAAGUAUUUUAUAUGGAUAUUGUUUAAGUAAAACUUUCAGUGAAUAUGUGAGGAAUAUUUGAAAUAAAUAAUUAUUGCUGUAACGAAAUACAGUUAAAUAUGUGUGAUUUCUAAUGGUGAAAUAUUGCAAUAUAACAAGAUUUGUUUAAUUAAAUGUAUGAUUUUACAAAGAAAAUACUACGAACUGAAUGUUUAUAAAGCUUUUAUAGCAGCAUUGUUAAGGUUAAUGCUGAAUUUUAUCAAAUGAAAGUAAAAAAAUCGUGUUAUUUAAAAUUUGUAAUUACCUGUAAAAACAAUUGUAUAUCGUUCCUUACUUCGAGAAUAUUUGUUUAAAAUUUAUUUGGCGAAAAUUUAUGCAAUACAAAUUUACAGAUUGGUAGCUUAUAUGUGGUAUUUUCUAUAAAAAGGGACCUUAUUGUCGAUGGCGCUUACGCCAUUAUUAACGAUGCUCCGAUAUAAAUACAAUGCCUCGCGACGCUGUGCGGCGUAAGCGCCAUCGACAAUAAGAUCCCUUUUCAUAGAAUACGCCCCAUAUGGUGGCUUAAAGUCAAUGUGGCGAAGACCGUCUACACAAGCUCUUUCGUCGGUCUUAACUCUCGCGUUUGUACACAUACCCCACUCAACCUUUUCGCCGCCAUGGACUUGAUAUAAAGUCAGUACAUUUCGUGCACGACACGCCACGACUUCAUAUCAAGUCGUGGUUUUGGUCAGGUUUGUUUACGUGCACAGAUGAUGUAUUUCUGUUGCCGCUAUAACAACAAAUACUAAAAAGUACGGAACCCUCGGUGCGCGAGUCCGACUCGCACUUGGCCGGUUUUUUUAAUAAAUGUGUAGUGGUCACUAUGAUCUCGAGUAUAUUUACUUUAGAAAUGUAACAUAAGUUUUAAUUCGUCCAUUAGUAAAUGUAAGCUUGAAGAUUGUAAUGUACUUAGGUACUUACGUACGUUUAGUUUUAUUAUGAUUAUGAAUGUUUUAAAAAUUGUGGAAUUUUAUGACCCAAGUGCCUUAAUUAUAAAAGUAUUUGUAAUAAAGUGAUUAAUUUUA